AGGAUGCACAAAAGAGAAAUGAGAAGAGGUUCAAGAAAGGGCAACGGUCGAGUAGACGUGGCAACACAUGACGACAUCAAAGUGGGUCGGUGGUUUAUUCAUGCGGGUUUGCUGAGCCGUACUGAGCUAGUCUAGCUAGCAGUGUAGGUAUAAGGCAGAGAAGAUGAUGGAAGAGAGUGGGAUUGAGACUACACCUCCUGCCAGCCCUACACCUCCUCCGACUGUGGUUGCCACAGUGAGCAACCUGCCAGUGACAAUAGGUCUGUCUAGCACUCUGUCCCUCCCAGGCACCAGCUCCGUCUCCAUCGGUUCCCCCUCAGUCUCCACCGCUCUCCCUGUUCCCUCCCUCCCUGCUAUCAGCGGCCCUCUGGCUGCACCCACCUCCCUAUCCUCCCAGUUUCCCCCAGCCUCCCCCUUCACCAGCAGCUCUCCUUUCCCACCUUCUGCCUACCCCUCUUUGCCUCCUCUGACAUCCCCCAUCAGACCACCUGCCCCCUCAGCUCCCGGCAUGUCGGCCCCUCCUGUAGGCCCGCCAGUAUCCAGCUUCUCAAUGAGUGCAGGAUAUGACAUCACAAGGGGUCAUGCCGGUCGAACACCACAGACACCACUUAUGCCAACAUUCUCCAGUCCUACCGCCAUGACAGGUGUAGUGUCAAACCCGCUGGUUCAGCAGCCAGCCUUGACAGGAGGAUUAGAUACUGGAUCUCCCAUCACGUUCCCAGAGGAGCAGGAAGAUCCCAGAGUGUCUGGAGACACCAACACUGGUGGAGGCAUCUGGGGUUUUUUCAAGGGAGUAGCAGGCAACCCUGUAGUAAAGACAGUCCUGGACAAAACCAAGCACUCUGUCGAGUCCAUGAUCACCACUCUGGAUCCUGGCAUGGCUCCAUACAUCAAGUCUGGUGGAGAUAUUGACAUUGUGGUGACUUCAGAUAAGGAGAUGAAUGUGGAGGCAGUCAGAGACGCCUUCCAGGAGGUUUUUGGGAUGGCCAUGGUAACUGGAGAGCCUGGUCAGUCUAACAUUGCCCCACAGCCUGUGGGCUAUGCAGCCGGUGUCAAGGGGGCUCAGGAGCGCAUUGACAGCUUGCGUCGAGCUGGUGUGAUCCAUGAGAAGCAGCCAGUGGUCUCACUGGAAAACUUCAUCGCUGAACUCUUUCCUGACAAGUGGUUUGACAUCGGCUGUUUGAUCCUGGAGGACCCUGGUCACAGUAUCCGCAUCGAGGUCUUCACUCAGGCAACUCCUCUGGCUCUAGAUAACGUCCAACAGGCUCAGUCCCUGACCCCUCCUGACUACAGCCUGCGCUGGUCAGGUCUGAUUGUUACAGUGGGUGAGGUCCUGGAGCGCAGCAUGCCCAACAUCAACAGAACCGACUGGCACCAGGCCAUGACGGGCAUGACCCAACGGCAGAUGAUCCAGAGCGCUACCAAAGCUCUGGCUGGAAUCUACAAACAGCAGCUGCCACCCAGGAGCGCGUGAAGCUGAAUGGUUUCUGUCACAUGCUGGGAGGAGGUGGAGACACAUUGGAGGAAAAAUUAACUUAUGGUACAGCGAGGUUUCUCGUAACUCCCCAUCCAUCCUCCAUGUGUCCUUGUGGGGCAAAGCCAAAUGCACAUUUCUUUAACAAUAGUGAUGUUUGUUUACUGACAUUCCAACAUGUCAGCCUUUUUGCUGAAAGGUCAUCAAAUAUCAAAUCAAUACUUUGUUGCCAACUCAGGCUUUAAAGAAGACUUAAUCUUUUAAGGAGGAUAACGAGAUGAUCAGUUAAUGGUUAUUACACAUCAUGUAUAUUAAUAUCAACAACCUUAACAGAUAUUGUGGUAAUAUUUAGUUUUCUUAUUUUGUUUAUGAAUGCUCAUGGUUAUUGUAGAAGCUAUUACAAAGACUGUGUUGCAGUUGUAUUCUAUAUACUAGAGGUUGUCGCAAUUUUGGAAACCCUACUCAAACCUUACUUGCAUGAAUUCAGUUAUUAUUUCUGUUGUUUUUUUUGUUUUGUUGUUUUAAAAGAGACACAGUCCAAGAUGCAGACAGACCCAAACAGAGAGAGAUCACCAACACUUUGACCUGAAACCUGAGACGUGUAGAAAAACAUGACCCUACCUGACCCAAUUAGACUGAAUGUAAUGUGGACCUGGCCUGACUCGGGCCCUGGGUUGGGUCAUGGAUACUGGAUAUAUAGACAUGGAUAUAGAACUGGGUGGACCUGUGGAGUCCUCUACUAUAUACUGCAACACUGUAAAUUCUACUUUGUACUAAAGUUGGAAGUGCACUAUUGUGGCAGUUGGUAUUCAAGAUACUAGUGUAAUUAAUAUGAAGCAAUUGUGCUGCAAAUGGUUGGUUAUUUUGAAGUAUUUGAUAAUGGCAAAAUGGUGAUCUCUGCUGGACAACCUUUGGUGUUGCAAAGAGUUCAAUCCAAGACUGAGGUUUUGUUCAGUAAAGGUUAAAUAAUAUAAAAUGACCACUGUUCAUUGUACAGUUCUGCUUCACUGUGGAAGAUUGACAAUCACAGCCUGUAUUCAAAAUCAGUGUGACACCUCUGAGUGUCUACGAGUGUGGUGUAAAAAGGCGUCAUUUAUGAUAAUUGGAUUUUUGCUGCAUUGAAGUGAGGAUUCAUCAUUAGUUCCCUGCUUUGCCCUGUUGAUAACCCAGCCUUGCCCUUAAUGCCUCACUCUAAAGUCAAGCAAGUUUAGUCUGCGUGCUGGUCUUUCUAUGUAAACUUAAUUUAAUCAUUUUUCCAGUGUGAAUGCACUAAAUCAUUUUAGAAUCAGUAUAUAGUCUGCAACUGGGACACAGCUAGAAUGGUCUGAUGGGUCAAAUGGUGUCAUGUUUUAGAUAUAAUGUAUUGGUUUAAAAAAACAGUAUCACAUUAAUUGAUUAUUGCAUGUUUAUUGCAAAAUAUUAGCUCACCAUUAAAUUUGUGCACUCGUUAGGUAAAAACACAUUUUGAUCCAUGAGUAAUUGCAACAGGAUGCUAACAGUAACCUGGGGAAGGGUGGAAAGAACAUUCUUCUGUGUGCUUUGUGUCCUCUUAAUGUCUUUUUACACAAAUAAAUCACUUUUUCAUGUUG